GUAUGAUUUUAUUAUCAGUUUUUAUUUUAAAAAAAAGUCCUUUUCAGGACUAUUCUUAAGUUUUAAUUUUGUUUUGUUAUUGUUUUUUUUUAACUUUUAAUUGUUUUGUUUUUUUACUUAUUAUUUGUUGUUACUUCUAAUUGUUAUUUUUAAAUACGAUUUAUUUUUUUUUGACAAAGACUUAGUUUAAUAUUUCACAAGCAUAUUUUUAAUAUGCCUCGGAAAAUUUAUAAACAAUAUUUAGAGCCGGAUUCUGAUGUCUCUGUUCCCCGAAAUACGUUACAUCGACGCAAGAUUGCGCUUAAAGAAUCGCUAGGAACACUCUCAUUAGGUCAAGAAGUAUCAAGAUCUGACACUCUAAGGAAACAGAAGGUUCAGGAAGGACCAUCACUUUUGCCAGAGAGCUCCAGAAACACUGAAGAAUUCUUAGAUCAAAGGGAAAUGAUUGAUGAAUGUUUUUUUUCUGAGGACCCUAAUAGUGAUGAUGAUAAUGAAGAACAAAUACCUUCAGUUUUUGAUGAUUCUGAUUCUAUUUUCGAAAGCUCCUGUAAUUUCAAUCAGAAAUUCUUAGAAAUGAUUGAAUCAAAAGUUAAAAUCUCAAAAGGCGAAUUGAUUGUGAUGAUUCUCAACUUUGCUCUUCGUCAUCAUUUGUCUGAUGUUGGAGUAAACGACUUAUUGGAAAUGUUUAAUGUUAUCCUAGGGAAUAAACUUCCAAAGACAUCUAGUACCCUCUAUAAUGUUAUUGGCACCAAGUCAAUUAACUCGAUGAACCAUCACUUUUUCUGCCAUGUUUGUUUCAAGUACGUUAGUACUUUAUCAACCGAUGAAAAGACGGUUCAGUGCCACGUCUGUAAUGUGGCUGUCAAUACUUCAAACCCGCAAAGAAAUAAUUCUUUUAUAAGUGUGGACUUGAAAAGUCAGCUGACUGAAAUUGUUGAAAACAAUGAUGCACUUAAAGCUAAACUUUCUUCUGAGCCUACUAUUCGAGACUCAGAAAUUUUUGAGGAUAUCGUUGAUGGAAGACUCUACAAAAAGCUGCAAGAUGACCACAGUGGACAGCAUAUACUGACGUAUAACUUCUCUUUAGAUGGCAUGGCCAUGCAUAACAAUUCAAAAGGUUCAGCAUGGCCAAUCUUUGUUUCCCUGAACGAAUUGCCUCUAAAGGAAAGAAAUAAUCAUGUUAUGCUUGCUGGUUUGUGGUUCGGAAAAAAGGAACCAAAAUUUGAGGUUUUUUUAAAACCCUUCACUGAAAUGGCUUCAGAUCUAGCUAUCAAUGGCUUAAAUGUUCACUUGGCUGAUAAAAACAUUAAUGUGAAGGUGAUUCCGGCUUGUUGUUGCUCAGACUCAGUAGCUCGGCCUUGUUUACAAAAUAGCAUCCAGUUUAAUGGGUUUUAUGGUUGUUCGUGGUGUCUGCAUCCAGGCUUCAAUGUGGAUGGAACAAUAAAAUAUAGUAUUCGUAAUGAUGUAAUUUUCUUUGAGGAUAGAAAUGAAGAAGAAACAGCAAAGCUUGCCACAGAAGCAAUAAAAUCUGGCAGAUACCAGUUGGGUAUUAAAGGCAGAUCACCACUUGCAGUAAUACCCCACUUCAACGUUGUUCAAGGCUUUUCGCCAGAUACCAUGCACAGUGUUUUCUUGGGCGUUUGUAAAAGAAUUGUAUCUUUAUGGUUAGACACAACCAACAAAGAUAAAGAUUACUACAUUGGUAAUCCCAAGUGUAUUAAAGCUAUGAAUGCGAAAUUAUCCAAUGUAGUAAUGCCUCAAUGUGUUGGACGUGUCCCACGCUUGAUGUUUGAAAGAAAGUUGUACAAAGCAAACGAAUGGAGAAACUUUCUCUUAUAUGUCUGCAUUCCAGUUGUCAGGGAUGUUUUACCCACAGAGUAUGUUGACCACAUUAGUCAUUUAAUUGGAUCCAUGUUCUUGCUCUUACAAGAAUCUAUAAAUGUUCAAGAUUUGCAGAAAGUGGAUGAGCAUUUAAUAAAAUUCGUUGCUGGGGUGCAAUAUUUGUAUGGCGAGAGUGCCAUGACUUUUAAUGUUCAUUCACUUUUGCAUUUAACCAAAAGUGUGUUAGAUUGGGGACCCUUGUGGAUCCGAUCUAUGUUUCUUUAUGAAGGGGCAAAUGGAAUAUUGCGAAAGUUCAGCACUGGUCCGACUGGCAUUGCAAGCCAAAUGGCAAGGCGAUACCUUCUCAAUAAUGAACUAAAAUCAAAACAAAUGCUUAAAAAAUGCUGCCCAGAAGUUGUGCAAUAUGUUGCACAACUGAAUAGCAACUGCAAGAAUGGAAUAGGAGUAAAUGUGGGAAAUGUUGUUUUGUUUGGAUUUUGUAAAAAGCCUGAAAUAUGCAGUGAGUAUGAGUAUUCACUGCACAAUGCAGGAGAGUUUUCUUUUUAUUCUAAGUUUUUGAUGAACAAUCAAGUGUUUAGUAUUAAAAAAUCUGAACGUAUUAUAUAUACUGAUGAUAAUAGCAUGGGCUAUAUUGAAGCAAUUGCUGCUAAUGCAGAUGCUAAACAAAUAUAUGUUUAUUUUUAUAAGCUUGAUAAUUUAACCCUUUUGCAUGAAAAUAUUGCAUCAUCUUUCUUUACUGAUGGUAAAGGUACAAGGACAAUACUUCAUGUAGACAACAUCUGUGGAAAAUGUUGCGAAAUUUACACUGGUGAAAAUUUUAUUUUGACAAAAGUGGUCCAUAAUUUUGAAUGUAUCACUUAAAAGUCUAUUUUUAUUCUAUUUUAUGUUCCAUCAUCAUUCUUAAAAUUUAUAUAAUUUUUUUAUUUAAUAUUUAGGAAAUAUUUCCAUUACAUUUUCUGUUAAUUAGCUUAUACAUUUUUCCAUAACUUUCUCUUCAAAAUGGUUAAUACAUUUAUUUGAGAUAUAGUUUUCACAUUAUGAUUUUUUACUUCAAACCAAAUGGCUUGGAAAUGUGGUAAAUAUAAAACUUUUGUUGCCUUUUCUACUAUAUAUGUUCCACUUGUAAAAUCAUAAAUUUGGCCUCAGUAAUUAUCCUUAUAAUGUAAAACUUCUUUAUUUUUAUGUGAAAAAUUUUGAAUAGCAAAUUUAAAUUUUAAAAUCUUUAGUUUAAUAAUAAUUUAGUCAAUAUAUAUAUAUAUAUAUGUUUGCAACAUGAAAAAUCAAAAUAUAGUUUUAUAUUAUGUGCAUCUAACGUUCUUGAAAUAAAAUGGUUUGUGAAGGUUGUAAUGACUUUAAAUGUAGAUUAGUAAGAGUGCUAUUCCAAUUGGUCCAUUGCCUGUUAAAAAUAAUAUUUUUUUUAUCCAUCAUAAGAUAAUGAAUAGUGUUGGUCCAUCAAUAACUAAUGUCACUUGAUGAUGGCUGACCAGGAAAGAAGUGAAACAUCAACCAUCAUAUGAUGAUAGAUGGUAUUAUUCUAUCAUGAACUUGAUGGUUGGUCAGCAUAAAAGUAAUAAAGGUAUAAACCAAGAUUUGCAAAACCCAGAGUUUUUAAUAAAAACCCUGCUCAUAAUUUUCUUUUUUUUUUUCCUUCCUGAAAAAACCAGAUUUUGCCUGAGGAGAAGUGGGUCAUUUUAUGAAAAAAACCAAAAGAUUGCUAAGUUUUUAAUCUAGGGGUAUCCGCGCAUCUGGAAAGUCAUGAAUUUCAGUAAUGAACAAAAUUUGCCAUGAAAUGUCAUGAUUUUAACUAUUUUUUAAAAAAAAAAUCGUGAAAAGUCAUGGAUUUAAGCCGCCUAAAAAUCAAAUUUUUAAAAUGGAAUUUACCCUCCUCUCCAGUAUCAUGGUGUUCAGAAUAUCUGAAUUUGUAAUAAAAUCUCCAUUCACAGUCAUAUUUGAUUAAAAUAUAUGUUUUUACCCUGUUCUUUAAAAAUUAUGGUUUUCUUUCAAAAACAUUUCUAGAGCAAUUAUCUUUUAAACUUCUGUGAUUUCAGAAUUUUUGUUAUUAUUUAUUUUUCUUAUUUUAUAAAUUUAAAAUUCUAGCUGAAGCAAGCCAGUCAUUGGCGAAUUGCUUUAUUUCGAAAUGAGUGCAGAAAAAUCAGGAAUAUUUCUUUCCUUUCUGAUGACCAAGAAAAGUAUCUUUAGAAUGUAAUUCUACAGAAAAAAAAGAAAAUAUUUGUUUUUAUAUUUCUUUCAUCUAUUUUAU